GUCAGUGCACUUUACCCCAGUUAACGUUAUAUAAACAGUACACGCGUGCUGCUGUUCAGUUCAUCUCGUCGACUCUGUGCUGGAUUAAAGAUGUCCCGAGCAGCAGACAGACUAAAAGUGGUUUUGAAUCACCUGGAUCGGUCCUACGGUACUGUCCGAGCAUCCUUCACUUCUGCACAAAAUGUGUCAUAUCAUCAUCCUCAAGCCCUACAAUACACUUUUGACACGGGCCUCCUGACUCCAGAACAGAGAAUUGCCUAUGAAGAGAAUGGUUUCAUACUCAUCAAAAAAUUGGUAUCGCACGAGGAUAUUGAGAGAUUCAGGAAAGAGUUUGAGCGCAUCUCUAAGAGAGAGGUGAAGGUGCCUGGUUUGUUGAUAAUGAAAGAUGUAUCCAUUGCUAAAUCCGAGUUUGUUGAAGGUGAGAAGGCUGUGACCAAACUUCAGGACUACCAGGAAGAUCCAGAACUUUUCCGCUACUGCACUUUACCACAGAUCCUGAAGUAUGUGGAGUGUUUCACCGGACCCAACAUCAUGGCCAUGCACACCAUGCUCAUCAACAAACCACCUGACACAGGAAAGAAGACCUCUCGCCAUCCUAUGCACCAGGAUCUACACUACUUCCCCUUCCGACCCGCAGACCGCAUUGUGUGUGCAUGGACCGCCAUGGAGAAAGUGCACCGGGGAAACGGCUGCCUUGUCGUCCUGCCCGGCUCUCACCAUGGUACCCUGCAGGAACACGACUACCCAGAAUGGGAGGGUGGAGUAAAUAAGAUGUACCACGGAGUGCGUAACUACGCCCCAGACCAUCCCAGAGUGCAUUUAGAGAUGGAGAAAGGAGAUACAGUGUUUUUCCAUCCUUUGCUGAUCCAUGGCUCAGGAAUGAACCAAACCAAAGGAUUUCGAAAGGCCAUCUCCUGUCACUAUGCCAGCUCUGACUGUUAUUACAUUGAUGUGAAUGGAACUACUCAGGAGAACAUCAGCAAUGAAGUGAAAGAACUUGCAGUCAAGAAGUAUGGAGCUGAUUCAGUCUCCUUUCAGGACACCUGGGCUUUGCGGGGACGUCUGGUCCAAGGAGAAAGGACAUCAAUGUGAUUGCCAGUGCUCAUCUGUCUACUUAGAGAGAGAAAGACUUCACAACUGGAAUAAUUAACAGCACACAGCUGUUUGUUAAUUAUUUGACAAUUUCCCUAAAAUCUGAUAAUUAUGCUUUGGCUAAAAGUACAAACUUUGACCAUCAGGUGGCACUAUAGGGAUAAAUCAUGGUUCGCACAUCUGUGCCUGGGACAGACAGUCCUGAUACCGAUCUAAUAUAAAUGAAAGCCAGACAUUGUAAUAUUACCAUCAGUGGAUCUUGAUGUGGAAUUUUCUUUAAGCAAUGUAAGAACAUUGGGAAUUCAUUGUCUUGGAUUGAUACUUCAGGUGUUUGUGAGAGAGUUUCCUGCAAGUAAUUAGUGAGGUUAUUGCUUAUGUUGAAAUACUUUGACCAGAAUUUGAGUUCACAGCGGACACUUGGAAAGAUAUAAUAGGGUACAGCAGAGCAUUCAAACGGCCUUCAUUUGAAAUGUCUAAGAUUGCUGAUGGAAAUUAUGGUUUUGAAAGAAUUAGAAGCAAAGCAAUAAGAGGCAAAUGUAUUUUGCUAUUGAUUCUGGAAUAUUAAAUGGAUUGAACAACAUUAGAUCAGGUCUAACGUGCCUAUUAACCUUUAUGACACUACAGUGGUACUAUCUUUGCCUUGACAAUGAUACUGCUUUUGGAGUUAUAAUCUAGUAAAAUUAAAAGUUUCUACCAUGUAAUUUUGCUUAACAUAAAUAAACAUUUAUUUUAAAUAAACUUAUGGCUGAUAAAGUUUCAUA